AUCCAUUUCAAAAAGAUCUUGAUUGUCUCGAUGCUCGAGUACAAGAGCUCUCAAUCUCCUGGACUUCAAGUCGCUUCAUUCUUCCUCACUUCUCCCUCACCACCAUUCAUUGAUACCCCUGGAGCCAAAACGACUGAGACAUCGUGCAAGAUCUUUACCCAUCCCUCCAUUGAAUCUCUUGUUCAACUUUCCUCUCGCUCAACUCCUCCAACAUGACUACUGAGUAUCUUCCCGCUUCUGCCAGCUCCGCCUACGACUAUAUCAUCGUAGGUGGUGGCACGGCUGGAUGUGUUCUGGCUUCCCGCCUAUCCUCCUACCUUCCUGAGCGCAAGGUUCUUAUGAUUGAGGCUGGCCCUUCAGACUUCGGUCUCAACAAUGUCCUGAACCUUCGCGAGUGGUUAUCUCUCCUUGGUGGUGAUCUCGACUACGAUUAUCCCACAACUGAGCAGCCCAAUGGCAACAGUCACAUCCGACACUCACGUGCAAAGGUUCUCGGUGGAUGCUCCUCUCACAACACUCUCAUCUCCUUCCGCCCCUUCCGCCACGACAUGGAUCGUUGGGUCGCCAAGGGCUGCAAGGGCUGGGACUUCGAAACCGUUAUGCGUAACGUUGACAACUUGCGCAACCAGCUGAACCCCGUUCACCCCCGUCACCGUAACCAGCUCACCAAGGACUGGGUCAAGGCCUGCUCCGAGGCCAUGGGCAUUCCCAUCAUCCACGACUUCAAUCACGAGAUCUCCGAGAAGGGACAGUUGACCCAGGGCGCUGGUUUCUUCUCUGUCUCCUACAACCCUGACACCGGCCACCGCAGCAGUGCUUCCGUCGCCUAUAUUCACCCUAUCCUUCGUGGCGAUGAGCGACGACCCAACUUGACCGUCCUCACUGAAGCCCAUGUCUCAAAGGUCAUUGUCGAAAACGACGUUGCCACUGGCAUCAAUGUCACUCUCAAGUCCGGCGAGAAGCAUACUCUUAACGCCCGCAAGGAGAUCAUCUUGUCUGCUGGUGCUGUCGAUACCCCCAGGCUUCUCCUUCACUCUGGUAUUGGACCCAAGGGCCAGCUUGAGGACCUCAAGAUUCCUGUUGUCAAGGACAUUCCAGGUGUCGGCGAGAACCUCCUAGACCACCCGGAGACCAUUAUUAUGUGGGAGCUCAACAAGCCCGUUCCUGCUAAUCAGACCACCAUGGAUUCCGAUGCUGGUAUUUUCCUGCGACGAGAGCCUAAGAACGCUGCUGGUAACGACGGCGAUGCCGCUGAUGUCAUGAUGCACUGCUACCAGAUUCCCUUCCACCUCAACACAGAGCGUCUAGGGUAUCCUAUUAUCAAGGACGGUUACGCCUUCUGCAUGACACCCAAUAUUCCCCGUCCUCGCUCCCGUGGCCGCAUCUACUUGACUUCAGCCGACCCUACUGUCAAGCCUGCUCUCGAUUUCCGUUACUUCACCGACCCCGAGGGUUACGACGCCGCCACCCUGGUCCACGGCAUCAAGGCUGCCCGAAAGAUUGCGCAGCAGAGCCCCUUCAAGGACUGGCUCAAGGGAGAAGUCGCCCCUGGUCCCAAGAUCCAAACGGAUGAGGAGAUUAGUGAAUAUGCUCGCCGAGUUGCCCACACAGUCUACCACCCUGCCGGUACCACUAAGAUGGGUGACGUUGAGCGUGAUGAGAUGGCUGUUGUUGACCCCGAGCUCAAGGUUCGUGGAAUCAGCAAGCUCCGCAUUGUUGAUGCUGGUAUCUUCCCCGAGAUGCCAACAAUCAACCCUAUGGUGACUGUGCUCGCUGUUGGUGAGCGAGCUGCCGAGCUCAUUGCUCAAGAGGAGGGCUGGAAGCCCAAGCACUCCCGACUGUAAGCAUCAUUCGGGCAAUUUUUUAAAUUUCUGCUCGUGGGGGUAAACGGGGGGAAAUCACUGUUUUUGGACAUCUGUAUGAUUAAACGAUUAGCGUAUGAUUGCAUUAUCGCAGCGAGUAUACCUUGGAUAGUUAGGAAAAUUUGAAGUUCGUUUACCAAA